GCCGCCAACGCCCCCAUGCACCGGCCCGCGCUGGCCUGCGGGGUGUCAGUGCUCGAGUUCCCGCCCGGCGAGACGCACUGGAAGACCGGCAAGGGCGUGAGCUGCUGCCCCUACCAGCGGCCGCCGCCCCACGCCGCCAUCGAGAGCGUGGACCACGGCGCGCAGUACUACCGCCGCUGCUUCCACGGCCAGGAACACCAAAACUGGUUUGGUAUGGACGAGACGCUCGGCCCGGUGGCUGCAAGUAUCAAGAGGGAAUUAGUGGAGAGACCAGGAAAGCUUUCCUCCGACUCAAGUGGGGGAGCGCCACCUCAGCCUGUCUAUCAGUAUAGAGUUCUUAUCCGUACUAGUGAGCUUUUGACAUUAAGAGGGUCUGUCCUUGAAGAUGCCAUUCCUAAUCUUAAAACUUCAAACGUUAAUAACAAUAAUAAUACAAAUAAGGACAGCAAUAAAGCAAUGAUGAACACUAAAGAGGUUUUAGAGUAUGUCGCCCCUGAAUUACAGCUAGCAUGUUUAAGGCUUGGAGUAGCAUCACCCCAAACAGAGGAACAAUUACUGAAAUUGGAUGAACAGGGCCUGUCAAACCACUACAAAGUGGGAAUCAUGUACUGCCGAGCUGGGCAGGGAACAGAGGAAGAAAUGUAUAAUAAUGAAGAUGCUGGCCCAGCGUUCCAAGAGUUUUUAGAAAAUAUUGGCCAACGAGUUCGACUAAAAGGUUUUGACAAAUAUAAAGCAGGACUUGACAAUAAGACUGACUCAACAGGAUUAUAUUCUGUGUACGCUCAGUACCAAGACUGUGAAAUAAUGUUUCAUGUAUCUACCAUGCUACCUUUCACUCCAAAUAACAGACAACAGCUUUUACGCAAACGUCACAUUGGCAAUGAUAUUGUGACAAUAGUUUUUCAAGAGCCUGGUGCACAACCUUUCACACCAAAGAAUAUUCGUUCUCAAUUUCAACAUGUAUUUAUUGUUGUGAGAGCAAUCAAUCCUUGUUCAGAUAAUACUCAGUACAGUGUUGCUGUUAGUAGAUCCAAAGAAGUUCCAAUCUUUGGACCACCAAUUAAAGAAGGGGCCACAUACAGAAAGGGCAAAGCAUUUUCUGAUUUCCUUCUAGCAAAAGUUAUUAAUGCAGAGAAUGCAGCUCAUCGCUCUGAAAAAUUUGCAACCAUGGCAACACGAACUAGACAAGAAUAUCUAAAAGAUCUUGCUAAUAACUACACAGUCACUACCCUUGUGAAAACUGGACAGAAGUUCUCAAUGCUCUCAUUUAGUAGUAAAAAGAGUAAAGAUAAAGACAAGGACCGGGCCCUUGCUCGUCCGCCCCGGUUUUUACCUGAUGCAACUCAGAGGGGAGCCCUCUGUUGGCAAGUGGUGCUGGAGGACAGUGGGCAGUCUGCAUUGGUUGACUGUUUCCUGGCCAUAUCUGCCGAUUCUGUGGUUCUAGUUGAAGAAAGGAGUCGAGAGAUUGUAUUUGUGUCACCAUGCUCCUCUGUCCUUGGCUGGGCUGCCACAGGAAAUAGCCUCAGAUUGUAUCACCAUCAAGGAGAGUGCACACGUCUUCACCUGAAAGAAACUCAGGCGGGUGGCACAGAAUUAGUUGAGGUGAUGGUUCGGUUGCGGAGUGUGACACCUGGGAGUGUGGCUCAGGAGCUUACUCUUCGUCGUAAUAACAUGGGUCAGCUUGGAUUCCAUGUCCAGCCUGAUGGUGUUGUUACACAGGUGGAAAGCCAUGGUCAAGCCUGGCAAGCUGGUCUUCGCCAAGGGGCACGCCUCGUGGAGAUUUGUAAGGUAGCUGUUUCAACCUUAUCACAUGAUCAGAUGGUUGAUUUGCUUAAGACAUCAAUGUUGGUCACAGUAACUGUUAUUCCUCCCCUCCAUGAUGGGUCACCAAGAAGAGGUUGCAACCUACCAAACUGCAAAUACAAUGCAGAAAAUUAUGAAGGUGACUAUGAAAAUUUAGCUAAUGGCUCUGAGGAUGGGGUGGUUGUGAUGUCAUCUGGGACUGGAAGCGUACCAAAUGGAAAAGGUAGUCCCAGGAAAAGUUCUGCCCAGUUACAGCAGGUAGUACCUGGUAAUCAUCGACGAAGGUAUGAAAGGAGCUUUUCUCCUCCCCGGUCGAGCAACAGCUCUGGGUAUGGUACAGGAAGCAGUAGCAAGUCCUUCACUGGAGGAGAUAGGUUUUCAUCCAAUGUUGAGGGUGCAUUGACAAAUUGUUUGGGUGGACACACUGAUGAUCGGUGGUAUGAGCUAUUAGAGCAAUCUGAUACGUCAGACCCACCUCGACGUGACUCUCCUCCACCCUUGCCCGCAAGGCUGGGGCAGGGCUCCAACUGUGCAAGUGCCUUCCAGCUGGUUACUCCAAAUGGGCAGACCCUUGUCAAGCCCAGCACUGGCUCUACGCAUCACAACAAGGCUGAUUACUCUGGGGUGAGUGAAAUGAGUAAAUCAACUAGUCUUCCUUUAGAAGUUGCAAGCGCUGGCCUGCGGGGACUUGCCAUAAGUGAUGGCCACUCGACUGACACAAGUUCUACGAGUGAAAGGUUGUGUGGCGUGCAUAGUGAAGAUGAUUUGUCAGCGAGCAGUAACAGCAUGUCACCUGGUAUUCGCCGCUCCAGCAAACCCUCACAUUCCUCGGGCCCUCACACUCCCACCCCGUCCAACAGCAGUCGCAACCAAAGCCCCAGACCGCGAGAUGCGCGAGAUUGCGGGGAGGCCCGGCUGCGGCCAGGCGUGACUCCAAGAUCCACACAGAGGAACAGUGCCAACCUCCACAACUCUACCCUCCAGGAAGAUCUCAUGAGAUUAAUCAACCCCGACUACAUGGCUGAUGAGGAUGGGAAUAACAGUCGGGAAAACAGCGGUGCAGCCUUAGGCAAAGUCCGCAGCAGUGGCAUGGGCAGUGUCGGCAGUUUAGGGAGUGCAGGAAGCAUCAACGGCAACACACCUGACAAUCUUCCUCAUGUUAAAUCUAGAUCUCGUGAAAACUUAUGUGGCACCAGUACUUCUGUCCUAGAGCCAACACCUGCAACAGCUCCUGUGGGCUCAGAACCCCCUAAUGAAGUGAUUCUCACAACUGCACGACCUGCAACUGUAAUUUCAAAUGCUUCUACCGCUUCAAGCCCUGCUCCCAGUGAAAAUAAGCUUUCAAAGGAAGAACGGCUAUCACCAAGGGUUACAAAGUCUGUGUCAAACAAUGGAGGGUGCAAAAACUCCCUACCUUCACUUUCACCUAUACCUCUCCCCGAUGCUCGUGACAUGGACUGGCCUAGCCUCGUAGACACUGCCACAAGGGCGUUGCUCAAUGUUUCUGAUGGGGUGGAAAUCAGUGAUGGCAAUACAGCAUCUACCAACAGUGAGCCCUUAGCAAACUGGGUAGAUGAUGUUGCAGAGCGUCUAGGCCUUGACAGAAGUGGAGGGAUCCGAAGCGUGUCGGACCUUGAGAGACAACUAGCUCAACUACAAGCACGUUUGUCUCGAGAAACUCAUCUGCGCCUGUCCCUAGAGGAUGAAGUGAGAAGACUGCGGGAUGAAAAUCGUCGUCUUCAUGAUGAAUCUCAGGCUGCUGCCCAACAACUGCGAAGAUUUACUGAAUGGUUCUUUCAAACCAUUGAAUAACCCAAUGUUGCAAAUGUCAUUGCCAUAUAUGUCGUUAACCACUUUUCACACUGUUGAAUCUUGCAUUUGUUACUUCCACAUGUUAAGUGCACAAUUGAACUGUAUUUUAAAUGCUCAAAAAUUCCUUGUUUGUCUGUUUUUUUGUUGUUUUUUUUCAUCUCAUUCUUCAAUUGUUACAAAGGUUGAGAUUUUAAUCAUUGUUAAAAACGGAAAUUUUUUCUCUUCGUUAGAAAUUUUAGAGGUUGAAAAGCAAAACAGUACCUUGCCACUAGUUUACUUGUCAUCAUCAUUCCUGACUUAAAACAUUUCACCUUGAUGGUUCUUGAGGGUUCAUUUUGAGUUUCCGUCCUGUAUUGAUGUAUUGCUGGUUUUCAUCUCUCAUGAAGCAGUAAACAUCAGCCAUUAAGCACUUCAGAGUGGCCUAAGUGCCAAAUUACUUUUUGGAGUUUUAUUUUAUGACAGAUUUAGUUUUUCUUCCUUGCAUUUUAAAAUAGUGAGAAAAAAGACUAUGUAAUUCUCUAGCACCAUGUGACUCUGAAAUCAGCAGUAUUAUUUUUUUAUUAUGUACCCUGGAAACUACCACAAUUGUCUGUCUGAAUGUUAGCCCAUCCCAGCAGUCCCAGUUUUGGGAGCAAGAAAGCUCAGUUUAGGAGAAAAAGAGAACUUUGCUUCUAACAUUGACUUGCUUUUCUGGUUCUUGCACUUUUAAAGGAACUUACCCUACUGUUGUGUGCCAAUCAUCUUCAUUUGUCAAUAUUCAUUGGAAGUUGUGAUUAUAACGCAGAGAAAGAAUGUUUUAUUGAGUGGAAGUUUUGUCUAGUCCUUGUUUUUAAGGAGUUGCUGGAGUUGUGUGGAAGGCUUCAUUCCUGUCUGCAUCACUUGAUGUAUGACUAAGGAAGAAUACCUGUCAGAAAUGUUUGUAAAGCUACACAUAGUUUCUGUAAAUAUUUUAAAAAACAAGAAACAAGAUAUUUGUAUAUAGGCACUAUACUGGUCCCUGUGAUACAUAGCAUCAGAGACAAUAUUUAAAUUUAUCACAAUGUAUUUGAAUAUGUUCUUAUAAUUCACCUGGACAUAUUAGCAUAAAAAUCAAGAACUUCUAAAUAGUUCAUUGUCCUGUUGAUUGUUUUUUUAGACCUGUAUGGUGACAGCCAAAGAAUAAAGGGGCAUGAAUUUAGAACACCUUACUAGAUAAUUAGCAAGGUUGUCAUUUGAUACAUGGGCCUCUCUACUUUAAAGAACAAACAACUAAACUUGUGCACAUGUGCUCGCACAUGUGAUAUGGAUAUGGGAUGAAAUUUUAAUCCGCAGUGUGUAACAAAGUUGAAAUUUUUGCAUAAAAACCAAAGAAUGCUGAGCAGUAAUGAGCGGCAACUAUAUGUAUUUUAUAUUGUAUCUAUUUUGUAUAAAUAUACCUACCUACCUACUUA